AUGAAAGAGGUCAUCAAUCUGGCAGGGCCGACUGUGAAGUUCGUGGAUAGCCCGAUCCCUGAGCCGAACGAUGACCAGGUGCUCAUCAAAGUGGUCGUAUCUGGGUCCAAUCCAAAAGACUGGAAGAUUAGAAAAGGAGUGAGCCAAGGGGACGAUAUUGCUGGAGUCAUUGAAAAGGUCGGGUCUAAUGUGGUUGAAUUCAAACGGAGCGAUCGCGUUGCAGCCUUUCAUGGAAGGUGUCCUGGUGGCUCGUAUGCUGAGUACGCUGUUGCAUGGAGUCACACAACUUUCCAUUUGCCAGCGCACAUUUCAUUCGAAGGUGCAAGCCGCGACUAUCCCACUUGCUGCCUUGACUGCUGCUGUUUCCUGAUAUGCGCACCACCGCUUCCCACCUCCAUGGGCGCCUGCAUAGAACCGAUCCCAUUCAUCGUCUAUGGCACAAGCACUGCUGUCGGCUCUUUUGCUAUAAAAAUGGCAUGCAACGGAGAUGUCGUGAUCGACCAUCGCGAAGGUGUGGAGACAAUGGUCCAAAAGAUCAGACGCAGUCUUGAACGAGGAGGUCACUCUAAUGUGCAGCAUGCGCUUGAUGCUAUUAUCAUUCGCCAAAGCGCAGAUAUCUUGAGGCAACUUAAAUCUAUCACAAUAGUAGGGUCGGUACACAAGCACCCCGAAUUUGAGAACAAUGAGGAGCUUGGUUUUGUUUUCUCCAGGUAUUUUACGAGAGCGUUGAGUAUGGGCAGUCUCUUGGGUCAUCCUUUCCAGGUCAGACCACGGGGCCUUGAAGGUGUCGAAGAGGCGCUAAGGGACUUGAAGGCCGGAAAAGCAAGCGCUGUCAAGUAUAUUUUCCGAAUUGCAGACACACCAGGGGUUGCUUAG